AUGGCUCGUACCAAGCAAACCGCUCGUAAAUCCACUGGUGGCAAGGCCCCCCGCAAACAGCUCGCUACCAAGCAAGCUCGCAAGACCGCCACGGUGACUGCUGGUGUUAAGAAGCCUCACCGCUUCAGGCCCGGAACUGUUGCUCUCCGUGAAAUCAGGAGGUACCAAAAGUCUACCGAAUUGCUUAUCCGCAAGUUGCCUUUCCAACGUCUAACCGAUCUCCGCUUCCAAUCGUCUGCUGUCAUGGCCCUCCAAGAGGCUGCUGAGGCCUACCUCGUCUCGCUCUUCGAAGACACCAACUUGGCUGCCAUCCAUGCUAAGCGUGUUACCAUUCAACCCAAGGAUCUUCAACUAGCUCGUCGCUUACGCGUGCUCGAGUUGAAGGGAAAGGGGAGCACUGGCUCUAUAAAAGCAAAUGUCAGGAGACAUGCUGCCCUCCAUCGCAAUCACCCAAUCUCAAGUUCCAAACUCGAAUCCAACGCUUUAAACUCAACAUCCAAGACUAUGUCUUCCAAUCAAACUGGCUCUUCUCGCGCCUUGUUCACGGACACCGAUCCCACGAAACCCGAGUUCAAUACGAAAGGAAAAGUUGUUCUCGUUACCGGUGGAGGCCGCGGUAUCGGUGUUGCUAUCGUAGAGGCAUUUGCCAAAGCGCAGGCUAAAACGAUUGUUAUAACCGGUCGUACCGAGUCCAACCUUCAUGCUUCCAAGAACUCGUUCGAAAAGAACUAUCCGGAAACGACUUUUAUUCCUUUGGCGGUGGACAUUGGUUCCCCCGAAAGUGUCGACAACUUGUACAACAACUUGAAGGGCAAAGUUGAGCAUAUUGGUAUGCCCUCAAAUCAACCUGAGCAUCAAGAUGGACUGACUGUUUCAAAAGAUAUCUUUGUCAAUAGCGCAGGUUUGCUCAGCGAAUCCGGUCCCAAG